AUGAGCAGCACUACCGCGCAGGACCUGGAUUUUUCCAGGCUCGUCACGACCAAGACUGAGAGUCCCAAGCCUUUGUUGCCGUCCGACAAGCUGCAGUUUGGCCGUUCGUUUACCGACCACAUUCUCACGGCGGAAUGGAACAACCAGACAGGAUGGGCUGCCCCCGUGAUUGAGCCGUACAAAGCGUUGACGCUUGACCCGGCUGCCUCGGUGUUUCACUAUGCCUUUUGCUGUUUCGAGGGCAUGAAGGCGUACAAAGACGCCGAGGGGAGAGUGCGCCUCUUCCGGCCGGAAAAGAACAUCCAAAGACUCAACGACUCGGCUGCCCGCGUCGCCUUGCCGACCUUUGACGAAGAUGUGGUUCUCAAGCUACUGUCCGAAUACACCCAGCUCGAGAGCCGUUGGGUCCCUGAGGGCCGUGGCUUUGCUCUCUAUAUCCGACCAACACUGAUCGGCACAGCGCCGGAUCUCAGCGUCUCGCGCCCCGGGUCGGCUUUACUGUAUAUCAUUGCGAGCCCUGUGGGAAAUUACUUUGGCAGCAGCGGAGUCAAGGCAAUUUCACUGCAAGCAUCAUCCUCUCCCGUGCGCGCAUGGCCCGGGGGAGCCGGCGACAAGAAAGUCGGAGGCAACUAUGCGCCCACGAUUGUCGCCACUGAGCAAGCAAGCAACCAAGGCCUGCAGCAGAUCCUGUGGCUGCUCGGCGACCCGGCCGUCCCGGAAGAGCAGUACAUGACCGAGUGCGGCACCAUGAAUUUGUUCGUGGCAUGGAUCAACCCAGACACAAACUCCAAGGAACUGCUUACCGCGCCGCUCGACGGCACCAUCCUGCCAGGCAUCACGCGCGACUCGAUCCUGGCACUAGCCCGCGAACGCCUCGUGCCGCAAGGCUGGACAGUCACGGAGCGACGAGUGUUUAUGCACGAGGUCAAGGCCGCGUCCGAACAGGGCCGUCUGCUCGAGGUGUUUGGCUCGGGCACCGCGCUCGUCGUCAGCCCGAUUCGGUCGAUCAGCUGGAAUGGAGGCGUGAUCGACUGCGGGCUGCGCGAGGGCCAGGAAAUCGGCGAGUUUGCGCAGACGGCGAAGAAAUGGAUUGAGGAUAUUCAGUACGGUGUGGAUGAACAUCCGUGGAGCGUUAUCGUUUAG